AUGGAAGUGACCCGCCCGAUAAUCCUGAUAAGAGGUCACCGGGUUACCAGGUCCUGGGUCAUUGGGUUAUCAGGUUUUCCGAACCGGGUCACCGAGUUACCCGGAGUCUUGCAAUUGGAGUGGGAGAGAAUUGAUUCUGAAGCACCUCUUGUACCCACUAAUCUUCAAUUCUUUAUGGAUCUGUUACAUUGCAAAUGCCCCUUGAAAAAUAAGAACAAACAACAAGAAAGAGCACUUUCAGCUUUGUUGAUCAAAGUGGAUCUAGGAGCUUACACCGAUACCGAGUCUUCAUUUCCCAAAACUGAAAGUAAAAUUCAAAUCACUCCCGCCAAGAUGAAGGACUACCAAACUUCGCAAAAGGAGCACUUGCGCUCUCUCGAUCUUGGCAAUCGCAGAUCCAAGGAAUCGCAGUUGAAGAAGCUACAGAAGAUAGCUAAGAAAAGCUUGGGUUCUGUGUUUAGCGAAACACAUGAAGAUGUUUCAGAUCCUUUUGAUUCAAUGAUAGCUGUGUCAGAAUUGAAUAAUGUUAUCUCAGCUUCAUCAGAAACUUCAAUUCUCUCUGAUCUAACUCCAACUUCAAUGCGCACCACCAAGGAAAAUGAACAAGUAGAGUUUUCUGCAAUUAAUCUCGCAACAGGUGCGUCAAAUGGCUUCUCAGUAAAGGCUGAAAUUGUGGCAAAUCUUCUCAUAGAAGCAAGAUCUCAGGUCUUGAACUCAGUCGGUGCAGAUCACCGAUCCAAGAGGCUUCUGGACACACUUGUUAAUAUCGUCGUAGAUGACUUCUUCACUCUGCCUGAGGAGAAAGACUUGUGCCUGCAAAUUGUUUUUAAAAAAGCCGUGCUAAUAUGUUUUAUGUUUUGGAUGGUCCUAGCAAUUGUUGCUCUGUUCUUCCUCGGUUCUGUAGCUCAAGGAACAUCUGCUCGGCCUCUGCCUACUUGAGCCAUUGCAUGGAAAAAGGAAAGGUAAGUCCAGCACAUCUGUUUUGCUACUCCAAUAAUUCAAUUUUAUCGUUAUUACUAUAAUACUAUGCUAGGAUGAUGUUGCCAUGAAACACUUUAGACCUGCUUGCAAUAAUUGAUGGAUCUGAGUGAUUUAGUAGAGCAUUGUGUUAAAGAGUUGGUAGUUAGUACAUUUAUGUGAUCUUCAUAAUAACAUCUUAGGCGUGGUUUGUAUAGAAAGCGACUUUAAUGAGAUUAAAUGCUCAUUUAAUAUUCUUUGUGCGUGAUUUAGCUCAAAUGUCUUAGUGCUUUGGCUUGACUCGUUGUAGGCCCUAGGAAGUAACUGACACAUCUAUCAUUCUGCUGCUUCUGAAUGAGGCUUAGUCUGUGUGCUUAAAAAUGCCUGUUUAGUUAGGGAAGAAAGCAAAUAAGCAUGCUAGAAGAGAUUGUUGUCCAUGUGUUGUGUUGUAUAGAUGGUGCCUUCUUACUUCCACUUUUCUUCAUAAACAGAUGAAGAGUCCUCAGUGGUUAUUAGUUAUUACAACCAGUCAUUCAUAGAUGUAGGGCUGUUACUGGCUGGCUGCUCACAUACUUUCUUCUUUCAAUGCAAUAUCGUUGGCCAGAGAAAAGUAUUAGCUUGCAAGUUGGUUCACUGAUAUCUGAUAUUGUGUUUUCUAGAACCAUCCUUCCUAGAAUUUUACAUUGGAGCUAUUAAGUGUGGUUUUUGUAAUAGGUGUUGCUUGUUUGUCACCCAACCCAUUUUCAAACAAAAAGGUCAAAAACCGAGUAUCUGAUAUAACCUUAUCAAUUUUUGAAGCUUUAUUUCAAAUGGAUAAUUUUUAAUUAUGAUAACAAGACUUCAUUGUCCAAUGUAGAGAUAGCGGUGUGGCAAUGAGGAGGAAUGAGAGAAUUUUUAUAGGAGAUAGUAAGAGGCAACGAGGUAGACCUAAAAAGACAUGGCUUGAAGUUAUAAGAAAUGAUAUGAAUUUAAUAGGAGUGGAUGAAUGUAUGAUCAUUGAUAGAAAUGAAUGGAGAAAACAAAUACAUGUGGUGAAUUUCCAAUGAUAUUCUCAUAGACUCGUGUAGUCGAUCCCAAAGUUUUGGAAUAAAGUCUCGGAUGAUCAUGAUGAUAACAUGACUUCAUUACAAGGCCUAAUCGGCUAUUUGACAUAAGUAGUUAAACUUAGAAGGGAAGAGAGGAUCAGACAUAAAGAUGCCAAAUUAAUUCUAUAGGCUCUUUUGUUAAAAGUAGCUUUACCAGGGGGCAAUAAGGAAUCUAAUUUGACAUUCAUGGAGAUCUAUUCAUCGCCCAAGGGAAAACCCUGAAGAUCCACUAGCAUAAACUAGAGUUGUUACACCUAAUGAUGCCUUUGCUUGCAAUAGUGUCUAGUUUUAAUUUUCCAUUAAUCAGCAGUCAUCCAUCCAUGAAUGAGAACGAGAGGAGGGCUCCUUUUAGUUUUUCUGGGUACAGAGGUUUUUUGUGGAGGAUAUUUUUUGCUGUAACUUAAAGUAGGUUAUUUUGCAUAAUCCGACAAGUUUUGUUGGUUGAUUCUUGAUUAUGACUCAUGAGAGAGGAAACCUCUUCAGCUAGCUGUACUCAAAGGUAAAGAUUUGGUCUAAUCCACCAAUAAAAGAUUUUAAACCGAGCCUUGUGUAUCGAACUAAGAUUUAAGUUGAUAGUGGGUUUUUAGCCUUAUGAUAGUGGUUUUCGUUACGGGGAGGCUGUCAAUGUUUAUGUGUUUUAAGUUCUAAAACUUCUUGAGCACAGAAUGACAGAAUAUAGUGUUGCUAGCAUAAUCAAAUUAUUAUCAGGUCGGCCUUGUCACCUCUCCGGACAUUGCUUUCUAUAUCUGAAGGGUAUUGAUACCUCAUUCUUUCGAUUUGUUUUAUUUAAUCUAAAUCUAUAAGCAAUCAGUGCCACACUUUCUGGUGCUGUUUAAGAAUCUUAUCCCUUUCCGUCG